AUGUAUAAAAACAUAUAUUUCAUUGUUAUUAUUCAAUUAUUUCUUUUCCCAACAUCAUCAUCAUCUGUUCGUUUCGGACAUGAAGUUGGCAGUUCAUCUAUGGACUCUACUCAUUAUGAUCGUCGAGUAGCGCAUCAGCAAUGUUCAUCAAACAGUGAAACAAAGCAACUCCAUCGUGCAAGUUUUUGGGUUGCCAUUCGUUCCUCGUCAGCAUUGACAACAAACAGUAGUAAUCAAACUACUUUAAUUCCAUUUCGUAGACACUUAAUUAUUAACAACGGAGAAGAUCGACUUGUAACAAGAGCUUCAUCGAAUAAAACUAAUGUUAGUAACGCUACGAAUUCGCUUGGAAUCGAUCAAGCAACUGUGGAUUUUAUUGUUGAUAAUCAAAUUCCAGGUAAUUUAACAGUGUAUGUUCAAGUAAUCGAAUGUCUCGAUUGUCCGUAUGAAGUCAUUGCACAAGAUUUAUCGUCUACUCAAGUUCUCAAUCUUACCUUAAAUACGAAAUAUACAUAUCGUAUUCGUAUUGAAUUAAGUAAUAUUUCAUCGUGUCUGGAAACGCUUACUGUCUAUGAACAUGGUCGAUACGUAUUGAAUGUUCAAAAUUCAAAUGUUCCAUCAAACAAUUCAAAUUCAGAGUCAGGUCUUAAAUGUCUUUUAACAUCAAGUCGUGCAGCAAAUAAUAUUUAUACGCCAUUGAUUUUUGGCGUUGUUGCUCUAUUGGGAUUGUUCAUUUUUUGUUUACUUGCACAACGAAUGAAAUUACGUGAAUAUUUAAACAAUUUAACAAAUCGUUGCUUUAAUAAUUCACCAACACAAGAAUGUGCACACUCCUAUGACUUACAAGCAUGUCCACCCGCAACAACCAUUUGCCAAUCGGGACUUGAUUCAGUGAAUACAAUAGAAUGUAAUGCAAACGGUUCUAAACUACCAACAAUGCACAAAUUAUCACAUAUUAUUGUGCCGAGAUCAAAACGUUUACUUAGUCUUGACGCGUAUCGUGGUUUCGCUUUAAUUGCAAUGAUAUUUGUGCAUUACGGCGGUGGUGGCUAUGCACAAUUUGAACAUUCGUCGUGGCAUGGAGUAACAUUUGCUGAUAUUGUUUUGCCAUUAUUCGUUUGGAUACUAGGAGCAUCAUUAAUAUUCUCAUUAAAAAAUGCUCUUGAUAAAGGUGUAUCAAGACGAACAUUACUCUUUAAAGUUAUAAUGCGUAGUUUGAAACUAUUUAUUAUUGGUUUUAUUCUCAAUACACGUUUUAAAGUCGAUUUAAAUGAUGUUCGAAUACUUGGUGUAUUACAACGGUUUUCCAUUAUUUAUGGUGUUAUCGGUAUAAUUGAAGUUCUUUGCACACGAUCAAGACAAUAUUCGUUAACAGCAAGUUUUACUAGUAGUGGUAAACAUGCACCAACAAUAACAACAACAACAACAGCUAAAAGUGAAAGAGCAAAACGUGUAACAACUGUUUUUCGAGAUAUUUCAAAUUUUCCUCUUCAAUGGUUGCUGAUUAUCGGUUUAACUACUAUUUGGGUACUGGUCGUGUAUUUGGUUCCAUUUGAAGAUUGUCCAGCUGGUUAUUUGGGUCCUGGUGGCUUACAUGAAAAUGGUAAAUAUGAAAAUUGUACCGGUGGUAUAACGGGUUAUAUCGAUCGAAUUGUUUUUACUAACGAGCAUCUUUAUCAGUAUCCAACAUGUCAACUUGUUUAUGGUUGUAAACUACCAUUUGAUUCAGAAAAUUUACUAGGAACAAUUCCAGCUAUAUUUUUAGCUUAUUUAGGUGUUCAAGCUGGGCGAAUACUUGUCAUGUAUCAAUCGGAUCUUGAUCGACUUAUACGUUUGAUUGCCUGGGGUAUUUUUACAACAGCUAUCGGUGUUGGGCUUACUUCAGGUACAUUUAUUGGUGGACCAAUGCCAUUAAAUAAAAACUUGUGGACAUUAUCAUUCUCGUUUUUUACUGCUGGUUUGGCAUUUCUUGGAUUUUCAAUAAUGUAUAUACUUGUUGAUAAAUUAAAAUAUUGGAAUGCAACACCGUUUCAAUAUCCUGGAACGAAUUCAAUUCUUAUCUAUAUUGCGCAUAUUGUUUUUGCUACAUAUUUUCCUGUUCAAUGGGUUGUUGCUAAUACACAUAUUGCACAUCUUGCUAUGGCUUUAUGGGGUUGUAUUUUUUGGAUUGUAAUUGCGUAUGUUUUCUUCAAAAAACGAAUUUUUCUUGUGCUCUAA